AUGUCCGCUAAAACAUUCGCACUAUUUCUGGCUCUGGCCUCGGCGUGGGGGGCUUCAAUUCCCCAGGAAGCCCAGCAGCGGGAUGACUGUCCAGAAGUCCAUGUCUUUGGCGCUCGCAAUACUGGAACCCCGCAAGGCUUCGGCGCCGCGGGUGACUUCGUGAACGAUAUCGUCAAGGCGACAGGCGCUACGAAAGAGGCUAUUGUUUAUCCUGCCAAUGGCAACGCGGGCCUCACCGAUCCGAAAUACAAAGCUUCGGUCCAGGCCGGAGUCAAGGCUGUCACGGAUCAGGUGUCCAAAUUUGCCGCCAAGUGCCCCAAGACAAAACUUGUCCUAGUUGGCUAUUCUCAGGGUUCCAAGCUGUUUGAUGAUGCUCUCUGUGGUGGAGGCGACCCGAACAUGGGAAUCAGCGAUACGGCUGCCACCAUUUCACAAUUCAAUAUCAAAGCGGUAUUACUCCCUGCCGAUGACCGCUUUACUCCCGGUGAGUCUUUUCACAUUGGCAAUGCUACGGUCGGUGGGUUUGACAAGCGUCCCAGCAACCAAGUCAGCUGUGGAAAGUACAACGAUGCGAUCCAGCUCUAUUGUGACGUUGGCGACGAGUUUUGCUCGAAUGGCAACAGCAUUAAGAUACACAACGGCUACUACAAGGUCUACGGCAAGCAGGCAUUGGAUUUUGUGAAAAAAAGACUACAGUAG